UUAUUUUGUUACAAAAGUUGGAGGGAAAAUAACAUCUUAUGACGAGAAAGAAAGUUCGUAGAUAAUACAUACCCUAGAAAUUGUGCUAACAAUUUAUAGACUCCUAAGAAUAUAAAAACAUCAGAAAACCUUAAGAAUCUUCUUAUUUCGGCAGUGAAACGUCUGAAGGUCCAGCAAUGGAUAAAGUAGAUUUACCAACGGGCACACCCUCCGAGCCGGAAAAUGCAUCACAACCAGAGGUUAUAUCAUCAUCCAUACGCUCAAUGGCUUCUCAAAGCCAAGAGCUUCUCAGUCAGCCUCCAGACGAAUUGACCCAAUUUGAGAGAUUGUUAUGGUUCCAAGAACGCCGAAUUGAAUCUAGCCUUUGGGUACAAUGUGACUCCUGUAACAAAUGGAGACAUAUCCCUAAUGUAUAUGAGCGACAACAAUUGCCGGACAACUGGUUUUGUAAAUUACACCCAGAUAUAAUUAGUUGCUCAGUACCAGAAGAAGAAAUUCCCUUACAAGUAGAAGCUGAUCUUUUACAUAGUGAAUAUUCGGUUGGAUCAAUAGUGAUUGCUCGCUUUGGGGAUUGGCCUUGGUGGCCCGCUAUGGUUGAUGACGAUCCUGAUACGGAGCAGUUCUAUUGGAUUGAUGGGCUCAGUGAUAUACCGAGUCACUACAACGUAACAUUUUUUGACGAUAAUGCUACGAGAGCUUGGAUUUCUACAAAAUGUAUCUUACCAUUCGCCCCAAACAAGGCUAAAGUGCGAAAUUGUAAAGAAAAACUUCUCAAAAGCCGAUUAGAGCGUGCUUUACGGCAAGCCGAAGAGUGUGAAGCUUUAGAUUUUCCGAUGCGUCUAAAGAAAUUUUCUUUUAUAAGUCGCUACAACGGACCCAUUAACGAACCGAAGAAUUUUACUGAAGAAGAAAUAAAAAAAUACAACGCAAAAUUAAAACAAAAACUUAAUAAUUAAUAUUAAUUGAGUUUACUGAAUAUUAGAUCUAUCCUUGUGCUAAUACCUACAGCCUAAUACUACUUCUAUGUUUUUUUUUUGGUAAAAUAAAUACGACCAUCGCAUAUCAGUAUCCCAUUUUAACUUGAUAUAAUUUUAUGGAAUAUUUUUAAAAAGUAAUUGCAUGUAUAAUAUACUUCAUUGG